AUGUUUUUCACUGCAACCCGCCCCAGAAAACAUGCGAUGUUGAUUUUGUGGUUCUUAUUUGUGGUUUUAAUCGUCAAAGACUAUGCAUUGGCCAUUAAGUUAACAGAGCUACGAAUUCCCAAGCACGCGAUCCUGGGUCACACGGUCAAUCUCGAGUGUCUCUAUGAUAUGGAGGGUGAAGCUCUGUACUCGGUAAAGUGGUACAAGGAUGGUUGGGAGUUUUAUCGGUACGUGCCUCGGGAUGAUCCUCCACAGCAGACCUUCCCGGUCGAAGGCAUUACGGUGAAUGUGUACAAUUCCACCAACAGUCACGUGAUGCUCGAGUCGAUAAAUUUAUUCUCUAGCGGCAAAUAUCGCUGUGAAGCAUCGGCCGAAGCACCCUCCUUCCAGACAGUCGCCGAUAACGGUGAGAUGAUGGUGGUCGUACCACCGGCAACGGAUCCUGUCAUAUCGGGAGGAAGCGCACGGUACCAAAUAGGUGAUCUUGUGCGAGUUAAUUGCACUUCAGGCCAGUCAAAACCGGCCGUUCAUCUGACGUGGUACAUUAACAGUGAGCUGGCCGAUCUGUCCUAUGUUCGACAGUAUCCAACAAUAGUUUCCCUCGCACCUGACCACCUACAGACAUCCAUACUAGGGUUGGAAUUUCGCAUCAAACCCAAGCAUUUCCGCAAAGGAGAUCUGAAACUGAAGUGCCUAGCAACCAUCUCAAACGUCUACUGGAAAAGCAACGAGGAAAGCAUGGAACCAGACAAGCCACAAAAGUCUCAUAUUCUGGAGUCGCGCAAAACCGGCCUUUCGGCGACUACCCGGGCGGAUAGAGUUCACGCCAGCAAUGGGGUUUCCAAAUUUGAAAUGUCGGAGCAGAACUUUCCUUUGGUUGUAGCAGCUCUUUGCAGUCUUCUCUACGGCGCUAGUCUACGCAUAGCCGGACGGUAA